ACAUUUUGGCCGAGUACCACUAAAUAUGGCUGCGCCCAUGAACAUGAUGAACCGGGACAGUUGAAUGUCAUAAGAAACUAGCCCUAUCAACAGUGAUCGUCAGCGUCAGUCAGCCAGUAACCAUGCGUUUAUCAGGUCUUCAGCUCCUGCUGCUAUGCAUUGUGGGUGAAUUCCUGGGACUGGACAUCUUCUUGAAGGGGUUCUUUCCCGUUAAGAAAGCCGUGGAGGGCUAUGCAACAUUCAACAAUUUACCCAGGGAGCCAUUGGAAAGCAUGCCAGCAAGCGAGGGCCUCCCAUCAGAUGAACCAGAUUCUGGUGUUGCUCCGAUCGGUCCGGUUUUCGGUCGCCUCGUUGUUAUCCUGAUCGAUGCGUUGAGGGCGGACUUUGUCUACGGAGAGCGCAAUAAAUACGACAUGCCAUAUACGAGGAUGCUCAUCGGCUUAGGUGGCACUAGGAGCUUCCUAGCAAGGGCACAUCCUCCAACAGUCACCAUGCCUAGAAUCAAGGCUCUGACGUCAGGAACGAUUCCCGGCUUUGUGGACAUCGUCCUGAAUUUGGACUCCACAGCCUUGGUGGAGGACAAUCUCAUCUCACAGAUGCAUCGUCAGGGUCGACAGCUCUACUUCUACGGCGACGAUACCUGGAUGAAACUCUUCCCAGGACACUUUGCCGAUGCUGAUGGAACCACGUCCUUCUUUGUUACUGAUUACACAGAGGUUGAUAAUAACGUGACCAGGCACAUCCAACCAGCCUUGUUCAAUCCUAACUGGGAUGCACUGGUCUUGCAUUACCUGGGCUUGGACCACAUCGGCCAUCUAGGGGGGCCAACCAGCCCGCUGAUCUCACCCAAACUCAAGGAGAUGGACGGGGUGAUUCGCACCAUUCAUGAAACCAUCAGAGAGCAGGACAAAUCCUUGGCUCUGCCCACUUUGAUCAUGCUGUGCGGUGACCACGGCAUGAGUGAUGCAGGAAGCCACGGUGGUGCAUCAAACAGUGAGACCAUCACGCCCAUGGUGUUCAUCAGCUCCGCCUUCAAACAGGUUGCAGAAGCGGCCACACCCCACCCUGAUGAGGUGUAUCAGAUUGAUGUUGCCGCCACCUUGUCCCUCCUGAUGGGUCUCCCCAUCCCCCAGAAUAGCCUGGGCGUGGCCGUCCCAACGAUGCUGGAGGAUAAACUCUCCGCUCGUCAACACCUGAGGGCGCUGCAGCUGAACGGCCAUCAGUUGAGCCAGGUGUUGAAGCAGAACGUGGACUCAUAUGAAACAGAUGAGGGUUACUUGGCCUACCAGCACGCCCUGCGCUCACAUGCUGUGUGGCUGUCCCACACGACAAACGGCUCCGGGAUAGACACACGGACCAUCUCUAGAAAAGCUGCGACGCAGUACGUGAAAGCCAUGAGACUGAUGAAGGACAAAGUGGCUUCAUCGCUGGCUAGAUACGACCUGCACGCCAUGGGGUGCGGGUUAGUCCUGAUGUGGCUGGUCUUGUUCCUGCUUUGCUACGGUGCCUCAUCACUCAGCAUCCCGUCCCAUGUGACCUCUGACCUCACACCGUCAUUCCUGCUCCUGAUUGGCUGUUGCCUAGCGGCAGGCAUUACCCAUGUUGCAUUGUGUACGGCAGCGGGUGGGGCAACCAGCGAGCUGCUGUGUGCACCCUCGGGCGGGGCAAGGGCGCGGUCAGUCACUCUAAUACUGAUUGGAGGAUCUCUGGCCGCCAUUCUGCUGUCAGCAUUGACCACGUUUGGCUGGUUGCGGCGGAUUCUUCAAAGUUUGACCGGCAUUUCUUGGUUUGAGAAGUUCCUCCUGGCAGGAACGGUAGGCCACACCCUAACCCUCGCCGCCAGCAGCUUUGUUGAGGAAGAACACCAGACCUGGUACUUCCUGACACUGACAUUCACCCUGGCAACCUCCAUCUAUGCAACAGCCUCCGCGAUUGGCCAAUCCGGCGACAAGAUGGCCGCUAGAGUUGCCAUGGGGACUGCGGCAGCUCUUGUUGUCAGUCGGUUGCUAAGGGCGUGGAACCAGACGGGAAUGAAGUGGGCCGACCAACCUGAUAUCGGAGACUGGUUGGUCAGACCAGAAAACAAAGUCAGCCUGUCCGUUCUGACUUGUUCGUCCUUCGCAAUCAUCUACAUCGUCCGUUGCUACGGGAGACCCAACUACAGAUUACUAGCUGCACUACUAGGUGCUUAUCUCUAUCGCUACGCAACGGGGGCUGUUACUUUGCCAGUAGCGCUUCCAACUUCACAAAAAGGAACCUAUGAGGCGUGGGUAGUCUACUCUCUUGUAAUCAUUUCGUUGGCGCAUUUUGUUGUCAAAUACGCCACACUAUUGUACGGCCCCCGGAACCAGACUAAAACUGAGCAAACGACCACCGAUGACCAGACAGCGAACUCACUAACCACGGAACCAAAAAAAAAAAAUUCAAAAGAUUUCAGCCGAAUCUUGAAAGAACUUUGCGACAUUCACGUCAUGUUGAUGGCCUUGUUGCUAAGGCCGCACAACAGCGGUGUUGUCGCCAUGUCGGUGUUACUGCAGCAUUGCAUUGUUGGUCUGGUGUUACCGUGGUUACGGCUGAGAUUGUGGGCUGUUACCCUGGCGCAUAUAUGGAUGGGACAAGCUGCAUUUUUUGCUCAGGGUAAUUCCAAUAGUUUAGCCACUGUGGAUAUUUCAGCUGGAUAUGUAGGUAUGAGUUCCUACAUCCAUUCAGUAGCUGGUCUACUAACAGCAAUCUCAACAUAUGCUGGGCCUAUGCUGUGGCUACUACGUCUACUGGUCUACAUAACGGAACAUCACUACACAAAUUACCGAUCUGCUUACUUGGAGGUUGCGCAUACUCUGGCCCUCAGCCGCGCCCUACCCCUUGCCAUCUAUACUGGCCUCGUCACCUUACAGCGAUAUCAUCUGUUCGUCUGGAGCGUCUUCUCUCCAAAACUUCUCUACCAAACCAUGAACACUUAUGUCGUGAGCGGUGGGAUCGUGCUGGUACUGGUGCAUUGUGGGAUUGCAAGAUGGUUCAGGCUCCAAGAACGGUGACAGUAGGGAGGUGGAAGUGGGCCGGGAAGGGGAAGGGGGUGGUGGGGAGAUAUGAGUGAAUCCCUCCCCCCUCGCUUCUUUCCACAAAUUGAAGCAUGCAAUUCCAGCACUCAAAAACAGUUAAUCGACUGUUUUCAACUGUUAAGAGCUCCCUGCCUAUAUAUAGCAGGAAUGACUAGCUGUGACUGUUUAUGUAAAACACAGCUUUGCCUUGUCACAGUAGAUUGAUAAGCCAGCUGUGCUGGCCAGUUACGUUCUGUGUCUGUUGAUGGAAUUUGACUAGUCACAGUGCUCACCACAUGAAUGAUCUGACUGUUGGUGACUAGCCUGUGUAAAAAGGCACAGCAGAGGAAGGGUAUUGAAUUUUGUGACUGCCUGUGACAGUUACAAAUAAACAGGGGGGUUCAAACAGUCCAACUAAAAUCAUGAGCGCAUAAAUUAACAUAAUACAAGAUCAUGACAAGAAAAAAUGGUAUGAGCAAAAUCAAGCUACCGAGGGCAGCAGAAGUCAAAUGUGCACGACAACUGCAUCGGCAAAGGUCAAGAGUUGUUGACCUUUCAAGGGUCAAAGGUCAGCUUGAGCCAAGCCCCAUUCCAUUACACCAGUUCCUUGUUAAUUUGUGGGUGGGUGAUAUGACUUUUAUCGGCGACCAUAUUAACAAAAUGAAAACAAGUUCUAUGUACGUUUCCCUAUUGGAUAUUGGUUCCCAUCCACUCCGGAACUCGGGGAAUUUGGGGAAACCACCAAAAAUCUGGGAAAAACUCAGGGAAUUUGAAGGGAAAAGUUUUUGCCAGUUUGGCAUAUAAGGGGAGAAGGGAGGCCAUCUCUUGUCAGUAAAUUGCCUUUGUAUUUUGCAACCACCUCUUGACUUCCCAGCAACCUCGUUAUAAGUGAAAAUAUUUCUCAUCGAAUGUUGGAAAUAUACACGAGUGUGCUAUAAAUUUCUUUCUUUGUUAUAUUUGUGUACACUUUAUUUUAAGCUAUGCAAUAUAGAAUGUGUUUAACACUUUUAAACUACUUGGUUGAAUUUUCAAAAAAAACUUUACACAAUUUUUUGUUAUCAACUUUUUUUUACCAAAAAUGAAAUACAUGUUAAUGUAAAUGAAGAGUGAUUGUGCCUUUGAAAAUCGACAUCUUUGUAUUUUUUGUUAGUAAUUAUAAUUUUUUUCAGUUCUGUAUUUCAAUAACUAAAAUGCUACUGCCGACUUUAUAUAUUUUUUCCAGAAACGAUUUCUGAAUUAACAUUCCAUUCAUGUUAAGCUAUGCACGCUUGGGGUGCCCUUAAAACCAAUUAACCCACGCCUCACGAAAAUUUUUGCAUAUUCAAGUCUUAGGCCAAAAAAAAAAAA